AUGUUCGGCUGGCUGGCGGUGGUGGAGCGAUAUUUCUCUCUCCCGGAGGUCAACUUGGCCCACGUGCACUCCAGUGGAGAUGGACUUACCACUUCUGGACGGCCCGUGUACACCUUGCGCUACAUCGAGUGGUGCAUCAACGUUCCGAUUCUGUUUCUUCUCUCUGGGCACUGCAGCUUGGGUCGGCCAUUGCGUGAGGUGUCUCGCCCCUUGCUGGUGACCAACGUCUAUAUCAUCCUCUCCUGGAUGGCCACAGUCACGGAGUAUGGAGUAUUGAAGUGGCUGCUUAUCACCGCGGCUUUCCACAUGUACGGCUGGGCUUCGAUGGACAUGAUCGCAUGGAGCCGCGCCUUCGAGAAGACAGCCCCUGCGGAUCUUCCAAGCCGAAGAGUGAGGCCUUGGCUCUCUAAUGGCCUGAUCAUCCACUUCCAGCUCUUCGGUGCGAUUUACAUGGCUUCGGCUGUGGGAGCUAUAACAGCCGAGACGGAGCAAGUGGGCUACUACCUGGUGACCUUCGGAGCCAAAAUCGCCUACUGUGCGACCUUCGUCUUCAUCCGGGCCGAUGAGUACCACAAGACCCUAACAGACGUCCUUCGUAAAGUUUCGGUCUCCAAUGUGGGGAUGAUCAGUAUCUUGCGUGGCAACUUCGACAUCAUCCUUCCCUGUGUGAUGGAUUCGGCGGGGCGCUGCAAACUGCCUCAGAGCUACUCCGGGGACAUGUUGAAGCUGGAGAAGAUGCUUGGGAACUCGGUCGCCGGCCGAAACUUGGCCGAUCUCCUUCAUGAGCAGAGCGACAAGGUGGAGUUCACACAGUACUUGCGUAACGUGGUGAGGCAGGCCGACUGCCCGCAGGCUUUCAGCGAGGCGACGUUGACGACCUCUGGGCUCUGGAGCUGUGGGGCAGGUGUCAUGCCUCCCAUUGCGCAGGUUCUGCACAGCAAGAUGACGGGAGCAUCACAGGUACGACUCAAUGCUACCCUUCACCUCUCCGUGGUGCCGCGCUCUGCUGUGAGCCAUGGAAAGGAGCGGAACCUUGUGGCGGCGAUUCAGCUCACAGAGGAGGCGGAGAAGGACGAGGCAUCGAAGGAGCUGGAUCUCGGCUUCGAAAGUUUCAAGCCGACGGAGCGACAGACCUCUGCCACCUCCACCACCUUCACCGAUGCUCAAAGUGGAAUCGUGGCAAACCUGGCCGACCUCAACAAGCUGGGAGCCUCGGCACUCCUGGGCUCGUCGGAGGAGGGCACCGAGGAGGGAGAGGGCAGUUGGGAGGGCUCCCAGAGCUGCAACUUCUCCCACUUCGGCGCCUUCGUGCAAGGCUUCGAUGAGCUUACGUCUGCCUUCGAUGCCCGGAUUUGUGGCAUGUGGGAAGGCACCACCAGUGAGGAGUUGGGAUCUUACACACAGAAGGUGGAGUUCAACCACGACUGCAAGCAUGCCAAGAUCUCGGUCAUGGAGCACACAUUGGAUGCAUGCUUCCGCAUGAACUGCUCUGUGGAACCCAUGCAGCUGGACAUCCAGGUUAUUCCAUCAGGGGCCGACGAGUCGCCUCCGCCGAUCCCCUACAUUUUCAAGUUCAAUCCUGACGGCUCGCUCUGCUUGUGCGGCCCAUCGGACAGUCGUUUACGUCGUCCGACAGGCUUCAAAGGCCCUGGCCUGUGCAUCAUGCAGCGCGCUCAAACUGAGACGAGGAUGCCAGACCCAGAGCCAGCGCAGGCACCGCCGCUGAAGAAGAUCCACAGCUCACCGCCGGAGCCUGAACCAGAGUUUAUGAGGAACUUCACCGAAGAAGCCCAAGAAGAGCAACUCCGUAUCAAGGAAGCUGCAGGGCAAUGGAGGGAUCCAGCCCUCGCAGCAUCAGUAGCUCUGGCCAUCACGAGCACCAUCAUCGCUGUGCGGAAGUCAAUUUGA